CUGUUGAACUUUAAAUUCUUCUUCUUAUUAGUGAAUCACUGAAUCUAGUUUUUACUGACUGAAGUCAACAGAUGGAGCAGACGCUCAGCAGAGGGGAGAUCGGACUGAAUCAGAACGCUGCAGGUCCAACAUGUGGUAAACUUCAGGUGUCUGACUGGUGUCCACCUCCACAGCAGUACCUGAAUCUGACCAGCGGGGGGCGAAACAUCACGUCACACACUCAGACUGCUGCUGCUUCGUCCGUCCAUCCUCUCGUCCCUCUCCUCCUCUACAGCGACAGACACUUCCCUCCUUCUUCCCCGUACAGCCAGCCAAUCAACACAUCUGCUGCCCCACAGGCUGACGCCCGCUCCAGGACAUAUCCCUGUUACCAUGGCAACGGUGUCACCAGCAGCAGACAGGUGGUGAAGAAGCCUCUGAACGCCUUCAUGCUCUACAUGAAGGAGACGAGACACAAAGUUCUGCAGGAGGGACGAGAGAGAGAAAGCGCCGCCAUCAACCGCAUCCUGGGACGCAGGUGGAACGCUCUGUCUCGCUCUGAACAGUCCAAAUAUUACGAGCUGGCCCAGAAGGAGAGACUGCUCCACAUGCAGCUUUACCCUGGAUGGUCCGCCAGAGACAACUACGUACCCAAAGACAAACAUGGGAAUACUACUACUGCUACUGUCACUGACAACUACCAGUACUGUAACAAGUGCGACCAUUUUGUCUUUAACAACCACCACUUCACUGUAACAAUCAGUACUGCCUCUUCCACUGAGUACAAGUAG